AUGGCACAUAUCCCGCUGUACGUCUGUUACAUUCAACGAAAAUCACAGUACGUGUACAGCGUCUGCCAACUGAGGGUGUUUUCUUGUUUUUCUUGCAGAGUGGAAAGCUCGGCACUGCAGUUGGUGUGUCCGCUGGAGUCCCGUCCGGUGCAGCUGGUCUUCCGAGGAUUGCAGGUGGUCAAGGAGAAGCGGGCUCUUCUCCGAGAUGUUUCUGGGGUGGUCAAGCCAGGCGAAUUAUUGGCUGUCAUGGGCCCUUCAGGUUGCGGCAAGACGACGUUGCUGAAUUGCCUCUCCGGCCGAGUGGGCCUGGACGGCGGUGAAAUUUGGCUGAACCGCGAGAGGCUUACCAAACGAUGGCGUCGACGGAUCUGUUACGUCCAACAGCAGGACGUCUUUUUUCCGGACCUUACCUUGCGACAGACUUUGGAGUACCAAGCCCGGCUACGACUUCCGGAUACGCUAUCCCACUCGCAGAAGAUGCAGUGCGUGGACCACAUCAUCGAGGUCCUCGACCUCGCCGCUUGCCAGGAUACCAUUAUCGGCGAUUACACGAAACGCGGCCUUUCUGGCGGAGAGAAGAAGAGGACGAGUAUAGCCUGCGAACUGCUCACGAAUCCGUCUUUGAUGCUGCUCGACGAACCAACGAGUGGCUUGGACUCUCACUCCGCCCAGGCGCUCAUCUCCCGGCUGAAGAAGUACGCCGAGCAAGAGGGCAAGACCAUCGUGCUGACGGUCCACCAACCCAGCUCCAGGAUGUUCCACAGCUUCAGCAAGCUUCUUCUCCUGAGUCGAGGUCAGGUCGGCUAUUACGGAUCCACCGUCAACAUCGGCAGGUUCUUCGCCACCAUCGGACUGACCCUUCUCCCGCACUACAAUCCCGCGGAUUUCAUACUCGAACAGAUAAAGGGGCCGGAAGAGGUUCGGGAACGCAUCGUGGCUGCAGCCAGAGCCAUGAGACAGGGUCCCGACUGCCCACCGGAACUUCGUCCAGAGUAUAACCCCAGCCAACAUCCGCUUUGCGACCAUCUCAUUCAUUAUCACGAGCAUCACAUUACCCACAACGUGAAGGAAGACGAAGGUCGUACGCUGUGGCUGGACACCCAGAGUCAUGCCAGCAGUAGCGCGAGCUCCACAGACGACGAUUAUUCCUGGCAGUGGCCCACGAGCUUUUGGUCGCAGUUCAAAGUAUUAUCGGAGAGGAAUUUCCAAGAGGCGCGACCCCGAAUGCUGUCGCGAUUGAAUUGGCUGCAGACGAUAGCUCUGGGUCUUCUGGCUGGACUCUUGUGGUUGAGGCUGCCCAGGACCGAGGCGGCUCUGCACGACAUCCAGGGCUGGAUGUUCUUCAGCACGACCUACUGGAUGCUGUUUGCCCAUUUCGGUGCACUCUCCAGUUUCCCUCCGGAACGCGAGGUAAUCAACAAGGAGCGGCUGUCGGGUUCGUAUCGACUUUCAGCCUAUUACUUGGCCAAGAUGGUUGGCGAGUUGCCGCUCACGAUAACACUGCCAGCAGUCUACCAUAUCAUCAGCUACCCUAUGCUGGGCUUCCAUAGCCCGGCGGUCUUUGUUACGUUGCUAGCGUUCCUACUUCUCAACACGGUCGUGGCUCAGAGCGUCGGGUUCUUCGUCGGUGCCUGCUGCUUGGACCUACAGGUGAGCAUCACGGCGUCGGCUCUGUACACCCUCGCCACGCAACUCCUGGGUGGUUACCUGGCCACCGCCGUGCCGCCCUGGCUGGCCUGGGCCAGAUACGCGAGCAUGGUGCAUUACGCUUAUCAGAACAUGCAGAUCCUGGAAUUCGGCGUCGGAGAGCCGAUCACGUGUUCCCAUCCGAGCAAGUUCACGGAGUGCAAGAACGGGACGACGAUACCCGUGUCGGCGAUCCUGGAGGGCCAGAGCGGUUCCCGAGGGUCCGGCCUGCCCCUCUGGGCGAACACUGCCGUUCUCCUGGCGUUCCUGGUCGUCUUCAGGACCUUGGGCUACCUCGUACUACGUUACUACCGCGUGCCCAAGUGAGCGGACCGACGACCACGUAGUAUGCAAUUUUGUACACGACUUUUCACGGAUCUUUUAUUGUUAAUUAUUAUUACCAUUACGAUGAUUAAUUAUUAAAUUACUUGGCAUACGGGCGGCGCGCCCAACGGGGGCGGUCGGCCCACCAUCCGAGGCCCUCGCAGGACGUCGUCACCUCUCUCUCUCUUUUUACUUCCCGCCUCGAGAUCCUUUUUUUUAUACGCGCGAAAAAAAAAAUUCUUACCAAAUACCUCGGAUCGGUCCGCGAGCGUGCGCGGCCCGUAUGCUCCUUAGUAUUCAGCAAUACAAAGUAAGGUGAGACUAAGAGACUUGACGGAGAAGGCUAUAUAUAGAGAUUUUAUACGAGAGCAGGGCGAAGCGUGGAGAUGCGACGAACGAGACGAUAGGUUGAAUUAUGGCGAGGGAGGAGGAAAGAAAGGAAGAGA